AUGCCUAACAUUAUAAACGAGGUAAAACUAGAUUUCAAGGAUGUCCUGCUCCGCCCUAAGAGAAGCACUUUGAAGAGUAGAAACGAUGUUGAUCUGUACAGGGAGAUCACAUUCCGUAACUCCGGACAGACGUAUCGCGGCGUGCCGGUGAUGGCCAGCAAUAUGGACACCGUAGGCACCUUCGAAAUGGCACAGGAAUUAUCCAAACAUGGACUUUUCACGUGUAUACACAAAUACUACACGAUUGAUGAAUGGAAAAAAUUCGCUGCUGAUCAUCCCGAUUGCCUAGAACAAAUGGCUGCAAGUUCUGGCACGGCGGAGGCAGAUUUCGACCGGUUGGCUGAAAUAUUAACCAACGUGAAGGACUUGAAGUUCAUUUGUCUCGACGUGGCCAACGGUUAUUCACAACAUUUCGUGGAAUAUGUGAGGAGGGUGCGAGCUGCCUUCCCAACGCACACAAUUAUUGCUGGAAACGUAGUCACGGGGGAAAUGGUGGAAGAACUUAUACUGUCCGGGGCUGAUAUUAUUAAGGUGGGCAUCGGUCCUGGUUCUGUUUGCACGACUCGUAUCAAAACGGGCGUUGGAUAUCCACAGUUGUCAGCUGUCAUUGAAUGUGCAGACGCAGCACACGGUCUCAAAGGGCAUAUUAUUUCGGACGGUGGUUGUACUUGUCCGGGGGAUGUGGCGAAGGCGUUCGGUGCAGGCGCGGAUUUCGUGAUGGCAGGCGGGAUGUUCGCGGGCCAUGACCAGUGCGGGGGGGACGUGGUCACACACGCCGACGGCAGGAAGGUCAAGCUGUUCUAUGGCAUGGCCUCCUCCACCGCUAUGCUCAAGCAUUCCGGCGGUGUAGCAGACUACAGGUCGGCUGAAGGUAAAACCGUGGAAGUCGAAUACAGGGGUGACGUAGGUGUGACAGUGCGGGACAUUCUGGGCGGAUUACGUUCUGCGUGUACGUACGUAGGUGCGGCAAGACUACGGGAACUUCCUCGCCGAGCCACCUUUAUACGAUGCUGCCGGCAAGUCAACGACUCAUUCUCGUAA